AUGGCUGAAAAAGAAUCAAGUGAAAUCGGGAGGCGUCCCACAAUUCCAACAGUACAACGAGUACCUCGCUUGCUAGCGUUGAAACGUUGCGGGAGGGCCUAUGGAUUUGAUGUGGAUUUCAACAGCCAUCCGCCUUCAUUAAUUGAACCUGAGUGGGGAGAUGACUAUGACAUCGGUCUCUAUGGUAGGAUUGGACUCCAAUGCCACAAUCUUCAGAAGGGAACAAACUUUAAGUAUAGAUGCUGGGAGAAACAUAGUAUGCGGAUGACUGGAUCCAUGGACUUCUACGUAACUUUAGAGGCAAUGGAUCCGGCCACCGGCUCUGUCUUUUCUUUUCAGACGCUGUUACGCGACCAAGGACCUAACACUCCAUUCGGUGUCAGAAUUUCGUUGCUCAACAUAGUCUCCAGAAUCACUCCUAUUGGUAAACAGCCUGUGGAUCAUCACUGGGACAAGGACACGCCUGCAAUACAUGACUUCUACAAAGGUCCACUGCCCAAAUGGUUUUCUGAUGAGGCCUUGGCUCGUAACAGUAACAAGUAUUACGUGGUACCUGAAUCAGAGCUCCAUGACAAUGACUGGCUUCAACUUCUCGUGGAAGUCGCCUUCUUCUCCAAAGCUGAUCGUGCUUUGGAUGCUUACCUACCUUUGGAGCUCAACAGUGUUGUUGUGGAAACUUUGGAAGAUUACACAACAGAGCCUCGUGAGAAGCUCAAGGCAAACAAUGCAAUCUUUUACCUGAGUUACAAGUGUUGCACUGAUCCUUCUUCCGUGGCUUUGUCUGGUUAUCCCCAUCUUUCAACGACUUUGGCUGGUGAUCACCUUGCCGUGGUGAGGAAAACCAUGGAUGGGAAACCAGAACACAUGAGGCUUGAAGUUUCUUUAACCAAAAAGCAAGAAAAAGUGUAG